AUGUCCAACCCGACAUUACUAUAUCCAGAAAGCUAUGAGCUUCCUCUCCACUCCUCCCACUCCUCAACAUCCGAUACACCAAUCCUCGAUGGUAAACAUUUCGAGAAACACGCGAACGUCCGCUUGAGCUUUGGUCAACGACUUCGCCAUUUCACCUGGGCCUGGUAUACAUUGACGAUGAGCACGGGCGGUCUCGCCCUUUUGAUAGCCAGCCAACCCAAUCGUUUCAAUGGUCUGGAUCAGAUAGGCCUUGUCGUCUACAUCAUAAAUCUCCUUCUGUUCGCUCUGGUCUGCUCCUUGAUGGCAGCCCGCUUCAUCCUUCACGGCGGACUCGUCCAAUCCCUCACCCACGACCGCGAAGGUCUAUUCUUCCCUACAUUCUGGCUCUCAAUCGCUACAAUGAUCACCGGACUGGAACGCUACUUCGGCGACCACCCAGCUCCAGCCUUUUCAAAAACCCUCGAAGUCCUCUUCUGGAUCUAUUGCGCCUGCACCUUCGCUGUCGCCGUCUUCCAAUAUUCCUAUGUCUUCACCUCAGUCCAAUACCGCCUCCAAACAAUGAUGCCCUCUUGGAUCCUUCCCGCCUUCCCAGUCAUGCUCAGCGGUACCAUCGCCUCCGUAAUCGCCGAGCGCCAACCCGACCUGGCCGCCAUCCCCAUCGUCACAGCCGGAAUGACCUUCCAAGGCCUAGGCUUCUGCAUCAGCUUCAUGAUGUACUCCCACUACAUCGGCCGACUAAUGGAAUCCGGCCUUCCAAACCGCGAACACCGCCCGGGAAUGUUCAUCUGCGUUGGUCCACCUGCUUUCACAGCCCUGGCCCUCAUCGGCAUGGCGCAGGGCCUACCCGCUACAUUCAGCGUGAUGGGGAGCGAAGAUACAGAAGCCGAUGGCCGUAUGAUCAUGAUCCUGGCGCUUGUUGCCGGAGCUUUCUUAUGGGCGCUUAGCUUUUGGUUCUUUUGCAUUGCACUGCUUGCGGUUAUUCGAUCACCUCCUACUGCUUUCCAUCUUAGUUGGUGGGCUAUGGUCUUUCCCAACACCGGCUUUACUCUUGCGACUAUUACAUUGGGAAACUCGUUUGAGAGCAAGGCUAUCAAUGGUGUUGGGUCGGGGCUGUCGAUUUGUGUUAUUGCGAUGUGGUUGUUCGUAUUUGUCAACCAUAUUCGAGCUGUCAUUCGUCAGGAUAUUAUGUAUCCUGGGAAGGAUGAAGAUAUUUCGGACUAA